UUGGCAACCCUGCUCAGCGGUCCGGAGGUCUUGUCACUGUGCCUUCCACAUUUUCUUGCUUUUCCCCCGUUUUUCCUCAUUUUCACUCCGUGUCAGCACAUUAGAAAGUGGUCGUAGUCACUUCCUGUCCACUCCCAAUGGCCAUGUCACUGAGAAUGUCAAAGCUCUUCCCGUCUGGGAGGCGCUUCUUCAGCACCAAGCUGAAUGACGUGGUGAUCGUGGCGGCCACGAGGACGCCUAUGGGCAGCUUCCAGAGCGCCCUGGCUCCGCUGAGCGCCAGCCAGCUGGGCGCGCAGGCGAUCGAGGACGCCGUGAAGAAGGCGGGAAUCGCUAAGGAGGACGUCGGGGAGGUGAUUAUGGGCAAUGUUGUGAGCGCCGGCAUGGGACAGGCACCGGCCAGGCAGGCGGCAAUCUUCGCCGGGCUGCCCAAGUCCACCAUCUGCACGACAGUGAACAAGGUGUGCUCGUCCGGGCUGAAGAGUGUGAUGAUGGCCUCGCAGACGCUCGCCCUGGGCCAGGCGGAGGUCAUCGUGGCCGGCGGGAUGGAGUCCAUGUCCAACGUGCCGUUCUACAUGAAGCGAGGCGACACUCCGUACGGAGGCAUUAAGCUGACGGACGGCAUCGUGCACGAUGGCCUGUGGGACGUCUACAACCAGUUCCACAUGGGCAACUGCGCAGAGAACACAGCCAAGAAGAUGGGCAUCACGCGCCAGGAUCAAGACGACUAUGCCAUCAGCAGCUACAAGCGUUCCGCCGACGCCUGGGCAGGGAAGCUUCUGGAUGCCGAGAUCACGCCUGUGCGCGUGCCACAGAAGAGGGGCAAGGAGCCCCUGGUGGUGACGGAGGAUGAGGAGUUCAGGCGCGUGAACUUCGACAAGUUCGGGAAGCUGGCCACGGUCUUCCAGCGCGACGGCGGCACCGUGACGGCUGGCAAUGCGUCCACGCUGAACGACGGCGGAGCAGCGCUGGUGCUGAUGACCGCCGAGGCGGCGGAGCGAUUCAAGUGCAAGCCUCUGGCCAGAGUCGUGGGCUACCAGGACGCCGAGACUGAUCCCAUUGACUUCCCCAUCGCGCCGGCGCUGGCGGUGCCGAAGCUGCUGGCCAAGACGGGCGUGCGCAAGGAGGACGUGGCCAUGUGGGAGAUCAACGAGGCCUUUUCCGUGGUGGUCGUGGCCAACAUCCGCAAGAUGGACGUGGAUCCGGCCAAGGUGAACGUGCACGGCGGCGCAGUGUCCCUGGGCCAUCCCAUCGGCAUGUCCGGCGCCCGGAUCGUGACACACCUGGCACACGCCCUGAAGCCCGGUCAGCUGGGAUGCGCGUCAAUUUGCAACGGAGGAGGCGGCGCCUCGUCGCUGCUCGUGGAGAAGCUGUAAGAAAGCACCUCUGAAGUCUGACAAUUCAUGCAUUUACCCCGCUGGUGGGGAAGUUGUUGCCGUUUUCUAUACCAUAUAAAGUCGCAUAAAGGA